GAGGAUGAUAUACUCAGGGAGCAGAUUGGCAUCCAUGGAACUGAAAAUUGGGCAAUUAUUGCUUCUAAAUUCACUGAUAAAACGACAAGACAAUGCAGAAGAAGAUGGUACACUUAUUUGAAUUCUGACUUCAAGAAAGGAGGAUGGUCACCAGAGGAAGACAUGCUUUUAUGCGAGGCUCAAAAAAUAUUUGGUAACAGGUGGACAGAAAUAGCAAAGGUGGUUUCUGGCAGAACGGAUAAUGCUGUGAAAAACCGUUUCUCCACACUGUGCAAAAAGAGAGCAAAAUAUGAAGCCUUAGCAAAAGAGAACAAUACUUCAUACAUCAAUUCAAAUAACAAAAGGAUUUUUCUCCAGCACAGGUGUGAUACAGAUGUAGCAUCAGAAUCUGCAGUAGCUUUGAAGAAGCUAAGGAGGUCCCAUAUCUCUGAUGCUGAAGAAAGUAUCAACUUUGGAGACAGAUCACAUAAACAAAAUGGGAUUCCUAUAAAUCAGCAAUCAAGACCUCCAUUUGCAGUUUUAGCUCAAAACUCCCACAAUGUCAACUUGCCAGACCAGGACCAUGUCUGCAAUUUGAAGUUUAGUGAUUAUGCUCAAAACAACAAGAUUCAAGGAACUUUCCUUAAAAAGGAUGACCCAAAGAUAAAUGCGCUGAUGCAACAAGCAGAGUUAUUAAGCUCACUAGCUCUAAAAGUUGAUGCAGAGAACGUGGAUCAAAGUCUUGAAAAUGCAUGGAAGGUUCUUCAAGAGUUUCUAAGCAGAACUAAAGAAUCAGACAUUCCCAAAUAUAAGAUUCCAGAUUUACAGCUUGUAGAUCUUAAAGACUUGUUGGAGGACUUGAAGAGCAGUAGUGAGGAAAUCCAGCCAUGCUGGAGGCAAAUGGAACUGUAUGAAGACUCUCCAGGAAGUUCUGAAUAUAGUACAGGAUCAACUCUACUCCAUCAUUCAGCUGGUGAGAAUUUGGAACACUCACUAAAUCAGGAUAUUGGGACCGAACUGAAUAUACAAAUGGGAGAUCCAGAAGUUAGGGGAUGUGACAAAGGGGUUCUUUCUAGUGCAACUCUAGAUCAAGAUUUAUUCUCUUCUUGUGAGCAACAGAUAAACAAUGAUGGCAUUGUUUCUGCCUUGUCAUGUUUGGAGGAGUUCAGUUCACCUCUUCAAGUUACACCUCUGUUUAGAUCCUUAGCUGCUGGAAUUCCUAGCCCACAAUUUUCAGAAAGUGAAAGGAACUUCCUAAUGAAAACACUUGGAAUGGAAUCUCCAUCGCUCAACCCUAGUGUGAACCCAUCACAACCGCCACUCUGCAAAAGAGCCCUCCUAAUCUGA